UUGUCGGCUGCAGCAGCGGGGGAGAAAGGGACGGGCAAAGCGGACAGAGCAGGCCGUUAUGACUGGAACUAUCGGAGUGGAGGACAGAGACCUAUGACUACUUACCUCACUGGCCACGACUGCGCGGCGGCCCAGCUCACUUCUCCUCUCCGCCUCCCGGCCGCGGUGAACGGGUUCGGGGAGGCUUGGCGCCCCUCCGCUGGGCGGUGGUUGGAGGCCGCGGCGGCUGCGCAUUGAGUACUUUCCUGGUGAAACCGAGGUUGCUCCUCGUUUACGGGACGUGAUCUGUAGAGCCAGCCAGUGUCUGCUGUUUAAGGAGGACAGGUCCGCGACUCUCGGUGAGGUCUGGCUGGCCUUUUCAAAGUGCGGGGGACAAUGCUGAAAGGAAUGACAAGACUUACCACCAGGGUCCAUAAAUUGGACCCUGGACAUUUUUUGCGCAUGGGGACCCAGGCAUCCCAAAGCCUUGCUGCUCCACUAGAUAGUCAGGUUUCAUCUGAGAGUCUCAGAUCUAUUUCCCGCACCAGUGAAGAUGACCCGGCCAAGCAUGAGGAGCGACAUGAGGGUCAGCACUACAACCUUCCCCUCCAGGAGAUGAAGACUAUAUUCCCCCAUGGCCUGCCUCCUCGAUUUGUAAUGCAGGUGGUCAAAACAGGGGAGGAAAUUGGAGUGAAGACAUUCAGUGAAGCUUGCCUGAUGGUAAGGAAACCAGCCCUAGAGCUUUUGCAUCACCUGAAAAACACCAAUUUUGCCCUUCCAGCUGUACGAUAUGUUCUCUAUGGGGAGAAGGGAACAGGAAAAACCCUCAGUCUUUGCCAUAUUAUUCAUUUCUGUGCAAAACAGAACUGGCUGAUACUGCAUAUUCCAGAUGCUCAUCUGUGGGUGAAAAACUGCCAAGAUCUUUUACAGUCCACCUACAACAAACAACGCUUUGAUCAACCUUUAGAGGCUUCAGUCUGGCUGAAGAAUUUCAAAACUGCAAAUGAGCGUUUCUUGAGUCAGAUAAAAAUUCAAGAGAAGUAUGUCUGGAAUAAACGAGAAAGCACUGAGAAAGGCAGUCUUCUGGGAGAAGUAGUUGAACAGGGUAUAACACGGGUGAGGAAUGCCACAGACGCAGUUGGGAUUGUGCUCAAAGAGCUAAAGAGGCAAAGUUCUUUGGGUAUUUUUCACCUCCUGGUGGCCGUGGAUGGAGUCAAUGCUCUCUGGGGAAGGACCACGCUGAAAAGAGAAGAUAAAAGCCCAAUUGCCCCGGAGGAACUAGCACUUAUUUACAACUUGAGGAAAAUUGUGAAAAAUGAUUGGAACGGAGGCGCCAUUGUGUUGACUCUGAGCCAGACUGGGUCUCUUUUUAAGCCACGGAAAGCCUAUCUGCCCCAGGAGCUACUAGGAAAGGAAGGAUUUGAUGCCCUUGAUCCCUUUAUUCCUAUCCUGGUUUCCAACUAUAAUCCAACAGAAUUUGAAAGUUGUAUUCAGUAUUAUUUGGAAAACAAUUGGCUCCAACAUGAGAAAGCUCACACAGAAGAAGGGAAAAAGGAACUGCUCUUCCUAAGCAAUGGGAAUCCUGGGCAGCUGGAGCGGCUCUGUGCCUACCUCUAAGCUGGAGUCACGACAUAGGUGGAAGACAAUGGACAUUUCCUUUAAGAGGCCCAAUCAAAUGGGGAAGUGCCACAGUACACACGAGGAGCUCAUGGGACUGAACAGGAUUGCAGUCAGCUCCCACCCCUCAUUGAAAUUGUUUCCUUGUAAAGUGACUGUAAUAGCAAUAAGAUGUCCUCUUGCUCGUCAAAUUAAUGUCAGUUCAGUAUAUGUGCUUUUGAAAUUUUAAUUAAUCAUGGAUCUUUUCCUUAUAAUUAAAUUAACUAUCUUUCUUAAA